GGUUUUUUUUUUUUCUAAAAGAAGGGAGAACCCGGCAUUAAAGUCUCCCCCAUCCUUUUUUAAAUGUUGUUUUUAAAUUUCUUAUUUUUUUUGGCCGGUCGUCUCAAAUUCAUCUGAUCUCUUAUUACCUCAAUUUUGGAAACUGCCUUCUACCGACCCUCCGGGACCACACAGACAGGCUGAGGACGACUUUAUGACCGAGAGCUGAACAAGAUGCAUUGUGAGAGGUUUCUAUGCAUCCUGAGAAUAAUUGGAACCACACUUUUUGGAGUCUCUCUCCUCCUUGGAAUCACAGCUGCUUAUAUUGUUGGCUACCAGUUUAUCCAAACGGAUAAUUACUAUUUCUCUUUUGGACUGUACGGUGCCUUUUUAGCAUCACACCUCAUCAUCCAAAGCCUGUUUGCCUUUUUGGAACACCGGAAAAUGAAGAAAUCCCUUGAAACCCCCAUUAAAUUGAACAAAACUGUGGCUCUUUGCAUCGCUGCCUAUCAGGAAGAUCCAGACUACUUAAGGAAAUGUUUGCAAUCUGUGAAAAGGCUAACCUACCCGGGGAUUAAAGUCGUCAUGGUCAUAGAUGGGAACUCAGAUGAUGACCUCUAUAUGAUGGACAUCUUCAGUGAAGUCAUGGGCAGGGACAAAUCUGCCACUUACAUCUGGAAGAACAACUUCCACGAAAAGGGGCCGGGAGAGACCGAGGAAUCACAUAAAGAAAGUUCCCAGCAUGUGACCCAGUUGGUCUUGUCUAACAAAAGUAUUUGCAUCAUGCAAAAGUGGGGUGGAAAAAGAGAAGUCAUGUACACAGCCUUCAGAGCCCUGGGACGGAGUGUGGAUUAUGUACAGGUAUGUGAUUCAGACACUAUGCUUGACCCUGCCUCAUCUGUGGAGAUGGUGAAAGUGUUGGAAGAAGACCCUAUGGUUGGAGGUGUUGGGGGCGAUGUCCAGAUUCUAAACAAAUACGAUUCUUGGAUCUCGUUCCUCAGCAGCGUGAGGUACUGGAUGGCUUUUAAUAUAGAGAGGGCCUGCCAGUCUUAUUUUGGGUGUGUCCAGUGCAUUAGCGGACCUCUGGGGAUGUACAGAAACUCCUUGCUGCACGAGUUCGUGGAAGAUUGGUACAAUCAGGAAUUCAUGGGCAACCAGUGCAGCUUCGGCGAUGACAGGCAUCUGACGAACAGGGUGCUGAGUCUGGGCUACGCGACAAAAUACACAGCUCGAUCCAAGUGCCUUACCGAAACUCCCAUCGAGUACCUGCGAUGGCUGAACCAGCAGACCCGUUGGAGCAAGUCCUACUUCCGCGAGUGGCUCUACAACGCCAUGUGGUUUCACAAGCACCACUUGUGGAUGACCUACGAGGCGGUCAUCACUGGAUUCUUUCCUUUCUUCCUCAUCGCCACGGUGAUCCAGCUCUUCUACCGGGGCAAGAUUUGGAACAUCCUUCUCUUCUUACUGACUGUCCAGCUAGUAGGUCUGAUCAAAUCGUCUUUUGCCAGCUGCCUUCGAGGGAACAUCGUCAUGGUCUUCAUGUCCCUCUACUCAGUGCUGUACAUGUCCAGUUUACUUCCGGCCAAGAUGUUUGCCAUCGCAACCAUAAACAAGGCUGGGUGGGGCACGUCGGGAAGGAAAACCAUCGUGGUUAACUUCAUAGGACUCAUUCCAGUUUCCGUGUGGUUUACAAUUCUCCUAGGUGGUGUGAUCUUCACCAUUUAUAAGGAAUCUAAAAAGCCAUUUUCAGAAUCCAAACAGACAGUUCUCAUUGUUGGGACCUUGAUCUAUGCAUGUUACUGGGUCAUGCUCUUGACUCUAUACCUGGUUCUCAUCAAUAAGUGUGGCAGGCGGAAGAAGGGACAACAGUAUGACAUGGUGCUUGACGUAUGACGUGACAUCGGUGUUUGCAGGUGCACACAACACCUUAGUCCCUCCAGGGGCUGUACAGUAUUGUGGCAUCAGACACUGCCACCUAAGGAGACAUAUCACUGCUGCUGCGACUUGAACAGAAAUAUUUUUGGGGUUUAUCUUGAUUCUGCCAAAGUAAUAUGAUAGCGUCAAUAAGAAGAAACGCAGACGUAACCUGUGAUUUCUAUGAAAGUGGGAUGAGUUCUUAGGCACUUUUUCCUGACUGUGCGUCUGCCCGACACGUUUUGCCCUAUAUACCUCACUAGCCAUGCUUUAUGUGGGUGACCAUGGAAGAAAAGGGUUUUGGAAACUCAAGGAAAAGUUCUUGCAACUUAUACAACCUAACUUAUAGACUGUUUUGAUAACUUUUUUUUUUUUUUUAGGGAGGAUUUUUUUUUCUUUAACUCUACCAAAUAAAACACCAAAGGAAAUCAUAAAAAGCCGUAGGCUAUGCUGUAUUUUGAUAAAUGUACUGUGUUUUUGAAUUUUGUACGCCAAUUUUAAGACAAAUUUCACAUCAUAUUCUGUAUUUUACUUCUCUGCCAAAAUACACCUGUUCUUCCCUUUUUUUAAAUAAUAAAAUAGGUUCUAAAAAUAUUCAUACUAAAAAAAAAAAACCCUGCCCAAAAUGUGAAACUUGGUUGACUGAUGUUCAUGAUUUAAAGAAUAAAAUGUUUCUCUCUUUCUCUACUUUUUACAAUUGAAUAAUCUAUUUCUGUGAAAAAUAUUUAAACUUUCAAUAUUCUAACCUUUUUUCAUUUCUUUUAGAAAAGGCCAACAUAUUUGUCAUUUUUUGAAUAACAAAACAUACUUAUGAUUGUAUAGAAACAAAUCAUUAAAAUCAAGGCCAAAGGGGUAUAAAAGUGCAAUUUUUUCCUAAGAUUUUAAUAAAGGGAAUGCUAGUCUUUGAAAUCAAAAACACUAGGCCUCCAGCACUGGACAAAACUUGAGCAUAAAAGAUGAAUAAUUCUCAGAGAUGGCAGAAAUGUUUUUAAUUAUGUAGUGAUUUUGUACACAUGUAUCAUGGAAAGUUGGAGGAAAUUUAUCUGCAUAAUUUGGACAAAGACAAUUCACUUCAUCAAAAGUUUCACCCCAUGGCUGGAAUUUACCAGUUCCUAAUGUGUUCACAUUUGGCAUGUCUCACCUGUUUAGUUUUCUAACUUGCCAAUUAGCACUGCACAUUAGUGAUGUCUACGUGGGUAGAUCACAUAACUUAAUGAAUACACCAUGUCAUUCAGAAUUGGCACCAUGUAAGCUCCAAGUACCCACCUUUACUUUCUAGGAAGGAUGUUUUUCUGAAUACUACAGAUAAUUGCUUCAUCUUUCCUGAGCUCAGCUUCCCUAAAAAGUCCAUGCAGUUCAAAAAGAUAUAAAGGUUUAAUAAGUAUAUGGAUAAUUGCAACAUAAAGAGGUGAUGAGCUAGGCAUUCUGGACUUAACUACUUUAGUUAUAUGGGCUAUCAACUGUUCAAUUGGAUUUACAUAACUGAUCUUGCCUGUGGCCGGUGCUGUGUACGCCUAUGUUUGACGCACAAUCAAAAUACAUAAGUAAUUGAACAAAAAGUGUGGUGAAGCAGAGACAUGAGAGAGUAUCAAACAGUGAGUGUCCUACCUUUCUGCUUCCUUCUUACCAUACAGAUAUCUAUGGGACACAGAUCCUAAGGAAAAGAUGCACGUUCCCCCGGUGAGCACACACAGGUCCAUUCACAUUCAGAAGAAUGCAGCCUCUUGCUGAUUGAAGGGCUUUUGGAAAGCAAACACACAUGACAAUAUACGAGACUAAAACUUGAGUUUGCCUUUUUAACUAUUUAUGUUCUAAGUUAAGCUUUGAUAACAUUCAAAUGUCAAAUUUUCCCAUUCUUAUAAAAAGUUGAAUUAAUUGCCUGUAUUUAUUUUAGCAAUUAUUCAAUGUAUUUCCAGUAUAGGAUGUAUAGUAUAAUUGAUUUUUUUUGUAAAUAAAAUAUUUUUGAUAAGA